CAGACCGCGAGACGCGCCGGAGUCGCUUUGAUUGCCCGAAUGUUUCAUUGUUUAUCUGUGGUUUGAUGUAAAUAAAGAGAUCACUGCAGCGGAAUGUUUGAACUCCGAUGAAGCGCGAGGCUCAAAGACAUCUCUGAGAUGGACUUUCCAAAAACAAGAAGAAACCUUUUUGACUAGCUCACAGCCAAGAAGAGCUUGAUAGCUCCACCCUUCCCGUGAACCCUGCCACAUCAUUGUUUGUCCACACCAUCUGAGCGGCGUUCAACAUCCUGGAUGAAGCACUACAGCUCUUUUCUUGAUCCUUAACUGAUGGUGUUUUGGUGGAGCUGAAGGUCAGCAGAUCUGGGAUCUUCUGAUGGAGCGGGUGACAGAUAUCCCCUGGUAUGCCGGCCUGCGCUCUUAUUUUCCCAUACUCACCUGGAUGCCCAGGUAUAACCUGACCUGGCUGAAGAUGGACCUGAUCGCGGGUCUGACGGUGGGUUUGACCACAGUUCCUCAGGCUCUGGCCUAUGCAGAAGUGGCUGGUUUACCUGUGCAGUAUGGCCUGUAUUCUGCCUUCAUGGGUGGUUUCAUCUAUUGUGUAUUUGGGACAUCUAAAGACAUCACGCUGGGCCCGACCGCCAUCAUGUCCCUGCUGUGUUCAGCGUAUAUCGGAGGAGAUCCUGUGUUUGCGGUGGUGCUCACACUGCUGUGCGGCGUCAUCCAGGCGGGAAUGGCUCUGCUCAGACUGGGUUUCCUCCUGGACUUCAUCUCAUAUCCAGUAAUUAAAGGCUUCACCUGUGCUGCUGCUGUCACCAUCGGCUUCGGUCAGGUCAAGAAUAUUCUGGGUCUGAAGGGGAUCCCACAGCAGUUCUUCUUACAGGUUUACUACACCUUCCACAAGAUCCCUGAGGCCAGAGUCGGAGAUGUGAUUCUGGGUCUGUGCUGUCUGUUCUUCCUGCUCAUGUUGACGCUGAUGAAGACUUCUCUGGGUUCGUCUCCAAACGAGUCUCCUCUCUUCAUCCAGUCGGCCCGCGGGCUGGUGUGGAGUUUAGCCACUGUCAGGAACGCUCUGGUGGUCAUCGCAGCGACGGCUGUUGCGUAUUCCGCUGAGGUCACCGGACACCAUGUCUUCAGCCUCACCGGGAAAACUGCCCAGGGACUGCCUCCUUUCAAAGCCCCGCCCCUUUCAGAGACUGUAGCCAAUGGCACGCUGAUUACUUUCAGUGACAUAGUGAAGGAUUUAGGCGGCGGUCUGGCCGUUAUUCCUUUAAUGGGCGUCUUAGAGAGCAUCGCUAUUGCGAAGGCUUUCGCUAGCAAGAAUAACUACCGAAUCGAUGCUAACCAAGAGCUUUUUGCCAUCGGUCUCACGAACAUCAUGGGCUCGUUUGUGUCGGCGUAUCCCGUCACGGGCAGCUUCGGAAGAACCGCGGUGAACUCUCAAACCGGAGUGUGUUCGCCCGCUGGAGGGAUCGUCACAGGUGUGAUCGUGCUGCUGUCGCUGGCGUUCCUCAUGCCACUCUUCUUCUACAUCCCUAAAGCGUCACUCGCUGCUGUCAUCAUCUGCGCCGUCUGUCCCAUGAUGGACUUCAGAGUGCCGGUCCAGCUCUGGAGAGUCAAAAGACUCGAUCUGCUGCCGUUCUUGGUGACGUUUGUGGUCAGUUUCUGGGAGGUGCAGUAUGGCAUUGUGGGAGGUGUGGUUGUUUCGGGAUUCAUGCUGUUGUAUAUCGUGGCCAGACCCAAAGUGAAGGUGUGUGACGACGGCGUGCUGCUUCUGGAGCCGGACAGUGGGCUGAACUUCCCCGUCACGGAGCAUCUCAGCAGACUCGUGUUCAAACACGCCCUUCACGCGUCUCCUCCGCGCUGUCUGGUUCUGGACUGUUCUCACGUCAGCUCUCUAGACUUCACUGUGGUCCAUGAGCUCACUGAACUGCUCAAACAGAUCCAGCUGAGAGAAGUCUCCAUGAUCUUCGCUGGACUCAAGCCGUCAGUGUUGAAGGUUUUGUUGACUGCUGAUCUUCCUGGUUUCCGACAUACAGACAGAGUGGAUGAGGCUCUGCUACUUCUGACAAGUAUCAGUCAACAACAACAAUUCUAACAGCCAAUCACAGGCAAGAACUCAUCACUUGGCUUUGAACCAAUCAGCACCUGAAUACCUCAAACCCUCUGAUGAUUGGCCGCCUGAAAUAUCCUGCGCACACCUUUGACCAAUCAGCACUCAGGAAGAGAGACUUUGAUGAAAACUGAUGGGGAACAAAGUUACAUAAAGUUUGUGUACAUGACGACCAAAUUAUGCUUUUGCACUUAAAACUAUUUUUAGGUAAUUUUUUUGUGUGUGUGUAUUAAACUCUGAAUCCCUUGUAAUUUUAUGAAUAUGCACUUAUU